AUGGAUCGGCUCAAAUGGGGAAAUGAUUUCAUGAAACGGAGGUUGAGUAAAGCUGAGAAGGAGAGGGAUGUUCAUCCUGAUACCUUGAAAAGAAUCAAGAGAGUGAAGAGGAUGACCAAAAUGACAGAGAAUGUGGCUAACGACAUUCUGUUUAGAGUCAUUAAAGUUUAUGGGUUCUUUACAAGUUCAGUGGCAAACACCAAAGUAGGAAGGAAGUUCUUUAGUCGUUUUCCUGGAGAAAUCGUCCUUGCAACUCUUGACGGAUUCAGUGUAGAAUUUGGCGACUCACAGCCUUACUUCUAA